ACAUGACUCAGAGCUUCACUGAGGCGGAAGUGAAAAGCUAAACAGCAGAUCAGAGCAGAACAUUAACGGCAGUGAUGUGAUGGCAGCUGCCAGUGUGAGUCGACCCAGUGGUUUGCUGAACACAGAGAAAUCACAACUCACCUUAAAAGUGGUAUCAGCAAGACCUCAGUCUCCAAAGAUCCCAGCUCGUCUGGCGCGUGGCAGCUCGUUCGUGGAGGUAACUGCUGACGGUCUGAGCACCGAGACAAAGAAAACCUGCAAACGCAGCGGGAGCGACCUGCAGUGGAACGAAGACCUCACACUUAACGUGACCCCUCUGAGCCGACUGGAUCUGAGGUUGUGGAGUUGUCACACUCUGAGGAAGGAGCUCCUCGGCAGCGCCACCAUCGACCUGCUCGACACACUGCGCACUCACCACGGGAAAAUGGAGAAUCUGGAGCUCAGUCUGGAGUUACAGAUGGAGAAUAAAGGCUCGGUUGUGUCGGGUGGAGAGCUGAACGUCUGUUUGGAUGGCUUGGUUGUUGAUCUGGGAUCACUGCCCAAUCAUGGUGCAGAAACCGACAAGAUGCAGCAGACGGAGUGUACCAACCUCAGAACUCAGGGCUCAGAGAUGGCCGACUCGACCAGCAGCCCCCACAGAAAUUCAAGAGCAGCAGGUGUAGAUUCUCUGGGAGCUUCAAGAGGAACAGCGCUCACUAAUGGAGACACAAACACAGACUCAACACACCAUAACACAGAUAAAGGUAAUACUCCAGCAGAAGAAAAUGGGCGUGGCCAGAACACCCCACCAUCACCAUCACAAACACUCAUACAAGAUGCUCCUCCCAUUGACACCUCUGCCCCGCCUCCAUCAGCAGAUUCAGCUCCGCCCAUACAGGAUCAAAACACACAGCCGUCUGUGGAGGAUUUACCUGCAGGCUGGGAGCAGCGGGUGUUGCCUCAUGGCCGAGUGUACUAUGUGGACCACAACACCAAGACCACCACGUGGGAGAGGCCCCUCCCUCAGGGGUGGGAGAAACGUGUGGAUCAGCGUGGAAGGUUUUAUUAUGUGGACCAUAACACACGCACGACGACGUGGCAGCGGCCCACAGCUGAGUCGGUCAGGAACUUUGAGCAGUGGCAGAGUCAGCGUAGUCAGCUACAGGGGGCCAUGCACCUGUUCAACCAGCGAUACCUGUACCAGUCAUCUGGAGCUCCGGUUGAGAAUGAUCCUCUGGGUGCUCUUCCUCCAGGAUGGGAAAAGCGUCAGGACAAUGGCAGAGUUUAUUUUGUCAAUCACAACACUCGCACCACACAGUGGGAGGAUCCUCGAACCCAAGGGAUGAUCCACGAGCCCCCGUUGCCCCCAGGCUGGGAAAUGAAGUACACUGCUGAGGGUGUGAGAUACUUUGUGGAUCAUAAUUCUCGCACCACUACCUUCAAAGACCCGCGGCCGGGAUUUGAGUCAGGCUCUAGACAGGGUGGAUCUCCAGGUGCAUAUGACCGCAGCUUCAGAUGGAAAUAUCAUCAGUUCCGCUUCCUGUGCCAUUCCAAUGCUCUGCCCAGUCAUGUAAAGAUUUCAGUUUCAAGACAGACUCUGUUUGAGGAUUCAUUCCAGCAGAUUAUGAACAUGAAGCCGUAUGACCUGCGCAGGAGGCUCUACAUCAUAAUGAGAGGAGAGGAGGGGCUUGACUACGGUGGCAUCGCCAGGGAGUGGUUCUUCCUGCUGUCCCAUGAGGUGUUGAACCCGAUGUACUGUCUGUUUGAGUACGCCGGUAAAAAUAACUACUGUCUGCAGAUAAACCCCGCCUCUUCCAUAAACCCUGACCACCUCACCUACUUCCGCUUCAUUGGACGCUUUAUCGCCAUGGCACUGUAUCAUGGGAAGUUUAUCGAUACAGGCUUCACUCUGCCCUUCUACAAGCGCAUGCUGAAUAAAAAACCCACGCUGAAGGAUCUGGAGUCCAUCGACCCCGAGUUCUACAACUCUAUCCUCUGGGUCAAGGAAAAUGAUGUGGAGGAGUGUGGAGUUGAGCUGUAUUUUGCACAGGACAUGGAGAUUUUGGGGAAGGUGUCCACACACUCGCUGAAGGACGAUGGUGAGAAUCUGCUCGUCACCCAGGACAACAAGGAGGAGUACAUCAGUUUGCUGACAGAUUGGCGGUUCUCGCGGGGAGUGGAGGAACAGACCAAAGCGUUUCUAGACGGCUUUAAUGAAGUUGUUCCACUCGAAUGGCUUCGUUACUUUGACGAAAAAGAGCUGGAGCUGAUGCUGUGUGGGAUGCAGGAGAUCGAUCUGAGCGACUGGCAGAAGAACACCAUCUAUCGCCAUUACACCAAGAACAGCAAACAGAUCCACUGGUUCUGGCAGGUGGUGAAAGAGAUGGACAAUGAGAAAAGGAUUCGGCUGCUGCAGUUUGUCACAGGAACGUGCCGCCUGCCUGUGGGAGGAUUCUCCGAGCUGAUAGGGAGCAAUGGACCACAGAAGUUCUGUAUUGACAAAGUGGGCAAGGAAACAUGGCUGCCGAGGAGCCACACCUGCUUCAACCGCCUGGAUCUGCCGCCAUAUAAGAACAUGGAACAGCUGCGUGAGAAACUUCUGUUUGCCAUCGAGGAGACCGAGGGCUUCGGUCAGGAGUGAGCGAGCGAGUGAGCGGACACCGGCUGCACUCCUGGUGUCCGCUGGCUGAGGACAGGGACAUCUCAAGAGAGAGAAAGAGCGCGAGACAAAUUCACUGGCAAAUUUACACCAAGAACACAGGACAUUAGCACGCUCAUAUUAAUUUACACAAAUUAAAACAAAUAAUUUUAUUAUUGUUAUUAUAAUUGUUAUGUAGCACUUUUUAAAAAGACCAAACAUUACAGAAUGAUUUCAGAAUAUAUUAAAAUGUGCAAAUCGCAUAUAAAAACAGUGUAAAGCCGAAUUAAAUGCAAGGGAUAGAUGCUGAAAAGGAAGAGGAGACGCAAAAGAGCCGUUACCAUGGCAACACUUCCUGGACCAAAUAUGUGAAAAUAUUCGGCUUCGUCCCUUUAACCCUCCUGUAGGUGGCGCCCCAGCUCCUCCAUCCCUCCUCAUCAUGGAGGAUCAGCAUCACAGCCUCUGAAAUAAAAUGAUUAUCGAGAGAACUGACCAAUGGUCAACGAGCAGCAGCACAGCUGGAGUGAAAACAACACAUCUGGAGUAUGGGAGAGAGGGCGAGGCUCGUUCGCCCCGACAGAGAGGGGGACAAAAACUAGUGUGUAUAUAAGUGUAUUUCUCAUGCACACAGGUCAGGAGUGUGUGUGUGUGAGAGAGAGAGAGAGAGAGAGAUGGCCUGGUGUAACCAUGGCAACCAGCAAUGAACUCAAGUUCAGAGAGUGUGAACGCAGGUGGAAAGGGUUAAAUAUGCUUGAGUGAUGGAGAGAAAGUGUGCGCGCUGUAAAAAAGGAAAUGGAUCAAAAGGGAGUUUAUUCAGUUUUGUUUUUGAUUUGUGUUGUGAGAUGGUGUGUGCUACUGUACAGAGAGUGUGUGUGUGUGUGAGAGAGAGAGAGAGAGAGAGUGUGGAAGUAACUGGUGGACAAACAUCUAUAAUUAAACAGUAUGUACAGAA